AGUACGACAUAAAUAUAUAUUUUUUAGUAAAUAAUUAAAGUUGUUUGAAUGUUUUACAAUCACUCUUAAGUUUAUGUUAAACACAACAGAACAACGUUACUUUGCGUUCAUUGCAAUUAAUUAUUAUUACAAUUUGCAUACAAUUUGUUUUGUUUCCAGCAUAGAUGAACCACAGAUAAUUAAAAGUUUCCAAUUUUGACGUAAUGAUAUUUUCAUAGAUAGCUGCUAGAAAACCAAAUUCCAAAAGUCGAUAGUCUACAAUAUUCCGUAUAGGUAAUAUAUAUGGGUGAUAUUAUUAAAAAUUAUUAGCAUUAAAAAGUUCGAAAGGAAAAUUCAUCAUGGUUAACGUAAUUUGUGAAGAAGUGAAUCCAUUCGAUGAGUGGGAAGAGCUUUCCAGCGAUUAUAAAGAAUUGGAGGCUACUAACAAAGUGUAUCAAGAAAAAAUGGAAGAACUUUCCUCAUAUCAAAAGCAAUGCCAAAAGCACAUCACGCAUCAGCGUUAUCGCAUUGGAAUUAUUUCAAAAAAUUUAGCUAAGUUAAAAAAAUACCAGGACUCUAAUUUCAAAAGGAUAGAAAACUUGGAAAAUAAUAUAGCAAAACGUACUGCUCAGCUAUAUGAAAUAGAACAAACUUUACCAAAACAAAACGGGCUGUAUUUAAAAAUUAUCUUGGGAAAUGUAAAUGUGUCUAUUUUAAACAAGGAGGAGAAGUUUAAGUAUAAAGAUGAAUAUGAAAAAUUCAAAUUAGUGUUAAGUAUAAUAGCAUUUAUUAUAUCUGUAAUUAAUUUGUUUACAAGAUUCAGACCAUUAGAACUAUCAUUUAUGUUCUUACUGGUGUGGUAUUAUUGCACUUUAACGAUUCGUGAGAGCAUUUUAAAAAUUAAUGGUUCAAGAAUUAAAGGUUGGUGGAGAUUUCAUCAUUUUCUAUCUACAGCUGCCUCUGGAAUCUUAUUAAUUUGGCCUGACAAUGAGACAUGGACAUUGUUUAGGAAUCAGUUUAUAUGGUUUAACUGUUAUAUAAGUUGCGUACAAUAUUUACAAUUCCGAUAUCAAAGAGGAGUAUUGUACAGAUUAAAAGCUCUGGGAGAGCGGUACAAUAUGGAUAUUACAAUUGAGGGCUUUCAUUCAUGGAUGUGGAGAGGAUUAAGUUUUCUGUUACCAUUCCUUUUUAUUGGUUAUUUUUUCCAAUUGUAUAAUGCAUAUACCUUGUAUAAGCUUAGCAAAAUGCCCUCUGCAACUUGGCAUGUAACAGUCCUCUGUAUUAUGUUUUUUAUUCUGUUUGCGGGAAAUGUUGUUACAACUAUUAUGGUGAUUCCAAUCAAAUUUAAGCAGGCUCAUAUACUAUUCAAAACCAGGAAUUCCAAUAAUGUUAAGGUCGAAGAGCAAGCUGUAAGUGAAGAAAAAACAUAUGUUGAGAAGAAAGUAGAGAAAAAGGAAGAUUAAUUCGUCAAAUUUUUAUUUAUAUCAAUUUAUAAAGCGCAUUUUUUUUAACGUUUUCUUUCUCUAACAGGUUGCAUUUUAAUGUCUUUCACAUUAAAUUUUUUCAUUUAUGUAAAAAUGUAAAUAUUAUGUAAUUGUAAUUAUAAAAUACAAUAUGAAAGACGG